UGAAGGAAGGAAAUAUUUUUCGUGACAAGGCUGCGAAUAAACUCUCCUCUAAAGCUACGAGUACGAACGACGGUCAGCGGGUCGACGUCGUCUCUGUGGACGAGUGACAACUUAUCUAAACAAUGAGUGGAAAUAUUCCAUAUGAACCUGAGUUACCUGACUUGAGUCAAAUCCAAACUGACUGCAUUAAACUUUCAAGAAGUCAAGAUGAAUCUUGGGCUGGUGAUGAAGCAAGAAAAUAUUUUGAAAACUCUUCAAGUUCAAGAUAUUCUUCAAUGCUGCCUCCUGUGCUAUUACGAAAGAAGCGUGAAAGUUUGUGCAAGUUGCAGGUGGUCAGGGGCAUUGGGCGCACAACUCGCCAUGCAGUGCAGCGUCACUGCCAGCUCACCUCUGAGCUGAUCAACAGACUGGGCUUGUCUACUGAAUUGCAUGGCCAUCAAGGCUGUGUCAACUGCAUUGAAUUCAAUGAUAAUGGCAGAUUACUUGUAUCAGGUUCUGAUGACUACCAAUUGAUGCUGUGGGAUGUGCAUAGUCGUAAGAAAUUGCAAGCUUAUACAACAUCACACUCUGGCAACAUUUUCUCUGUGAAGUUUUUGCCCUCUUGUGGCACUGGACUUCUGGUGUCUGGGGCUGGUGACAAGAAAGUGGAGGUGCGAGACAUAUCAACCAGCCGACUGCUGCACUCCUGCACAUGUCACUCCAGCAGAGUCAAGCGGCUUGCCACUUCACCACAUCUACAACACACUUUCUUCUCUGCUGCUGAAGAUGGCACUGUACUUCAGUACGAUCUUCGGACUCCUCAUCAGUGCGAUCGCUCGCCCUGCAAUGUUGUCAUUGACCUGCGAUCUUUGGCCAGUCAGGGCCAUCCAAAUGAAGUGAAGUGUGCUGCUAUCAGCCCACGUGACCCCAACCUGCUGGCUGUGGGAGCCAAUGAUCCGUUUGUCAGGAUUUUUGACAGAAGAAUGAUAAAACUUUCCAAAAUGCAGAGUGGGAUGCCACCAAUGGGGAUGCAUGGAGGAGGUGCAGUGAAUGGUGACAUGCUGCCCCUAGGUUGCUGUCAGUACUACGUUCCUGGUCACUUGCCUCCGAGCCAACAGCGAGUGCAGCGUCGAAUUAGGUCGUUGGCCACCACGUAUCUUAGCUACAGUUCAUCAGGCCAGUAUCUGCUAGCAAAUAUGGGCGGCGAGAACAUUUAUCUCUACGACACCUUCAACCCUCUGCCCCCUGUGAGAUAUGCGCCUCCUACACGCUCCUGCUUCUCAUCUGAUGAGAAAGGUUCUUGUGACCAUUUAACGGAAACAUCAAAUGGCGUCAAUGCUUCUUCUUCAAAUGGAAUGUCAAGUUCAUCAUCAAAUGGGAUAACGGCCUCUUCUGCUAAUGGAGUUUCGAGUUCUUCAAACGGUUUCUACAUGCCUUCUACGACUCCUCCAUCCCCACCUUCCCCAACAAUUCCAGAAGUUCUUCCUCCACACGUAGAGGCUCUGAAGGAGAAGGCCUCAGAGCUCUGCAAAACCGAGAACUGGGCGGCCGCCGUUAUGACGUUCAAUGAAGCUUUGCAGGCUGCCCCGGAGUCAGCGCUACUUUUCAGGAAUCGCGCGGCCGUACUUAUAAAACGCAAUUGGGAAGGUGACACUUACGCCGCACUACGUGAUUCUUUCCGCGCAAUGUCAUUGGAACCCAAUCAUCCUAAAGCCUAUCACAGAAUAACCAAAUGUCUCCAUAAACUGUGUCGCUUUGACGAAGCCAAGUAUUGCAUGGAUGACUUCAGGAAACAUCACGCUGCAUUGAGUCGCUCGCCGUCAUAUUGUGCGCUAUAUACGAACAUUCUCGAUGAAGUCUUUCAAAGCUCAGUUGGAAAUGAAAGCAGUAGCAGUAAGAACGAAACUCAUGGAAGUGCCUCUUCGCAGGACCAAAUCCCCUCAAAUAAUUUAUCGCCGGAGCAACAGCGGAGGUUGAAAGCAUUUGACUACGUUUCAUACUACGCUGGUCAUUGCAAUACCACGACAGACAUCAAAGAGGCCGUGUUCCUUGGCCAGUCGGGUGAAUUUGUGGCUGCCGGCUCAGACGACGGUAACAUGUUUAUUUGGGAAACGGCGACCGGAAAUCUCGUUCGCAUCAUGCCGGCCGACGAGAACAUAGUCAACUGUGUUCAAUGUCACCCUAGCGCCAGCAUGGUCGUCACAAGUGGAAUUGACCACACGGUUAAAAUUUGGGAGCCUUUAGGGGAGUCUCAAGUUAACACUGACGCUGACCUGGUUUACACGACCGGCAGAAAUCAGACCCGCAUGAAGGAAGAUCCACUAGAACUGCUGUUCAUGCACAUGGGUGACUUGACGCACGUCUUCAGCAGCAACGAGCUGGGGCGCGGUAUCUCCAGAGGGAGCCGAGCAUCCUUUGGUCUAAGUUUAUUCAGACGUGAAGCAGAUGACGACGAUGAUGAUGGCGAGGUUCCUCAGCACGCCUUUGAGUUCCUCAGGAUCCCGCGGCCUGACGGUGGUAGCGAUGGUAGUGGUGGUGCUGGGGGUGCUGCUGGAUCGGAUGUCCAGUGUAGAACUUGUUGAAGUUGUUAUAUUUUAUUCAUUCGAGAAUAGUUGUUCACUCCAGCACAUGGCUAUUGUGAACGAAACGGUAAAGUUAUUAAUCAGGAUGUGUAUUAAUGCAGAGAUAUGUACAGGAAAUUAUUUGCCACAGCAGCAGGGGAUAUCGGUAGUGCAUCAUUUCGAUACUCUCUCAAAGUUAGAUGAAUCCCAGAAGGUAUUGUUUAGCUGUUAACGCAUUGCAUGCAAGCUAAGUGUUAGCGAGUAAGUAUUUCCUGAUAUAGUGUGAGAAAGUGGAAAUAAUGUAAUAAAUAUUUGCUAUCAUUUUUCGUUGCUUGGUAAAAUGGAGUUCUUUUUUGCACUAGCGCGGAUAUCUUUUGAUUAUAAUUUACCUGAAAACAAUUACUUCUUUGCUGAUGAUCCUUUGCAUAUUCUCAAAUGUACAUAAACCAGAAUCAGCUUCCGGGAAGUAGUAUUCAAAAAUGGUGCUAUGAUUAUUCACAAUUUCGCAUUCUUUUUUCUAUCUAAAGAUUUUUAGCAGGUAAACUUGUUCUGAAAAAUUGUUUUCAGCGGAUUUUUUCUUCACUCAGAUUGUACGUAGUCAGUCAUUUUCAGCGUUAGGAUAAAAAAAUUCGCGCGGCUGUUGCAGCACUCGUCAAAAAGUUCAUAUGCGUGCCGCCCUGAAUAGAUCCAACACCAACUCAUCUGUGAAAUUGCUAAUUUUUUCAAAAUCUCUGGAGCAAAUUUUUUGUUUGCUCUGU